UUCUGACAUCACAGCAUGUUUAGACAAGUAGAACGUCUGACUCUUUCUUCUUCUUUUUUGCGGAUGAAUACGGCUGACGCUGAGAGAACUGUUUAGUCUUCAGUAACCCUUUGGGAAAGAUAUAACUGAACAGAAGCCAUGGCAAAUACAUCCAGGACUAUCCUAUUGACUUUACUUGUAGCAAUGACACAAGGUCAACAGCAGAAAACUGGCAGUAACAAUACAAGUGUUAUUAACCCAAGAACAUUUCAGGGUCACGCCAUCCCCAUUCAGCUUCCUCUUCCUCCAAAUUCGACGGAAAUGCAAACACAUUCCUAUAAAGCUGUGGUUCCGGCCCUUAAAUUGUUGGACAAUAGCAGCGGCCAAUACCUAAAGAGUUCACUGAGCACACGAAUCAUCCCAUCAAUCUAUGUGGUGGCGAUUGUCAUAGGAGUUCCUGCCAAUGUUGGCAUUUUGAUUUCGAUUGGCACUAAAGUUCGUGUGGUAUCAGUGGCCAUACUGUGCUGCAGCCUGGCAGCGUCAGACCUCCUUCUCUUGCUCAGCCUGCUGCUCAAAGCACAUUAUCACUUUUCGGGCAAUAACUGGACGUUUGGUGAAGCUGCGUGCCGUUUCACCACUGCCUGCUUCUAUGGCAACUUGUAUUGCUCGGCACACACACUAGCAUGUGUAAGCAUCAAGCGCUACCUAGCUGUGGUACACCCCUUCUUUUACAAAAGCCUUCCCAAGCGCUCCUGCACGGCCUGGACUAGUUUAGGGGUGUGGCUUGUGUUUUCGCUAGCAAUGUUGCCCAAUCUUCUAGUACAUCAGAGCUACUACAUCCCUCAGCUUGGAAUCACCACAUGCCACGAUGUCCUUCCUAUAGAUGUCAGCGUUUACAACUUCCUGGUGUAUUACAACAUAGGGUUAACGUUAUUAGGCUUCCUGCUUCCUCUGCUUAUCACCACAGCGUGUUUUGCCUCAAGUGUAUGGCAUUUGAACCGGUCACACCAUGACUGGAGUGUCUACAUCAAGGCCAGCACGUUGGUCUUUCUCAUCUUCGUCAUUUGUUUCAGCCCAAGCAGCUGCAUACACUUCCUACACUAUGUACGCAUAUACACGAGCGGAGAUGACAAUUUCUACACCUACUUUAAUGUGGUUGUGUGUCUCUGUUGCCUUCACUGCUGUUUGGACCCAUUUCUGUUUGUGCUCAUGUCUAGGACAACCGGCUCCCGGCUUUACUUUAUGACACGCAAGGAAAGAUGCUCAGCAUUUCCACUUAAAUUUGGAUAUUUUUAUAUUUGAUCGAACCUUUAUUGAAAUUAUAAAUGAAGUCGGGGGUUGCUUUAGUGCAGAGAAGCUAUAUUUUUUAGCCAGAAAAAUGAAGCCAGCAAGAUCUAUUGCAUAUCAAUUUCACAAAAGUGACCUUGAAGAUUUGUGAAACAUAGAAACUGUUACAAAUGUUACAAACAAUAUGGAAAAGUCUGCUAAUCAGAUGCAAUGCAUAUUUGACAGCUUUAAGGAGUAGAAACAGAUUUCUUUUCUUUUUUUUAUCAUAAUUAUUAUCUUUGUAACAGUAGGAAAGAGGAAUUAGCAUUCAGAUCAGGUGUGCAAAGACUCGGCUAUUUGGUUUCAAACAGCUAUCCAUUAUACAUGGACAAAACAUGGUGAGCCAUUUGAAUAGCCAGGACUAUAAAGGGCCUAUUGUACUACUGUGAUGUAUGUAUGUGUGUGUGUGUGUGUGUGUGUGUGUGUGUGUGUACACUUAAAAAGUGUACAGAGAGACAUUUUAUUUGAAAGUGUAUUGUUAUGAAGGAGAAAUGUGUAUGUAAAUAUAUUUUUACUGUAGACAGACUGCACAUUUAAAAUUCCUUUUAUUGGUUUAUAGUUUUCGUUGCACUAUAACUAUUACCACAAAAAUAAAUGCCUAUCAAUCUCA